AUGGCUACAGCUUUGAUGAUGAACUCAAUUAUCUUCCUCAUUUUUGCAUGCUUGUGGACUUGUCAGGAUGCUGCAAGUGACACACUCAAGCCAGGGGACACUCUCAAUUCCUCAAGCUCCUUAGUCUCUGCAUCAGGCAAGUUCAUCCUGUGUUUCGUUGUACAAACUAGUUCGAACACCAGCUAUCUAGCAAUCCUGCACAAUAAACCAAAAACAAACAAAGCAUGGAUUGGCAACAGAAACACACCUAUUCCAUACCCUUCCUCCCCACUUCUCACCUUGGACUUGAACAACACACUGAAAGUUACUCAAACAGGUCAAGAUUCUAUUCCAAUUUUCUCUGCUCCACAAACUAGUGAUCCCGUUGUGGCUACCCUUUUGGAUUCUGGCAAUCUUAUAGUACAAGAACUGAACCCUGUGGAUGGAUCGACGAAACGGGUUUUGUGGCAAAGUUUUGAUUAUCCAGUAGACACAUUUUUACCCGGUAUGAAAUUAGGUGUUAACCGUAGUAAUGGCCACAUAUGGUCACUUUUAGCGUGGGCAGAUACCUACAACCCAGCUCCAGGACCUUUCACUCUUGAUUGGGAUCCCAAUGAGCGCCAGUUGAAAAUCAGGAAAAGUGGGGUGGUUUAUUGGACAAGUGGAGUCUUAAGAUCAGAUGGGAGAUUUGAAUUUAUUUUGCCAAAUGAGUCCAAGCAGAGGUACAAUUUUAGCAUUGUUUCAAAUGAGAGUGAAGAGUGCCUCAAAUACAGUGCUGUAGAUGAUCAAAGUGAACCUGAACCAGAAUUGGUGCUAUACAGCGAGGGGAGACUUCAUGACUAUGGGGGACCAGUUGAUAUUGUACUAGCACGAAACUGUGAUGGCUAUAACACCGAUGGAGGGUGCGUGAGAAGGGACCGGCCAAAUGAUUGCGUGGCCAAAGUUGGUGAUGACUUUGAGCUCAAAAAUGGUGUCUUUAAACCCAAGAAUUUGAGCUCAAGAUCCCCUUACUGGUUUGAUUCAAAUAUAAGACACAGUGGUACUAGAAAUGCCUGCAAGGCUACUUGUUGGAAAAAUUGUACCUGCCUUGGAUUCAACUUUCCAAUAUCAGAUAAUCAGACUACUAGCAGUACAGGAUGUCAAUUUUGGAGUGUAGACAGUGAGUUUGUCGAAGAAAACACUGGAUCAAGUACUGCAACUAGUGGCUUUGUUUUUUCAAGUUUAAUAUCGUCACCAAAAUCAACACCUCGCAAAAAUACUGGACAAAAGUGGAUAUGGAUUGGCACUUCUUCUGCUGGUGCUGCUCUAAUGCUCUUAGUCUUGUGCCAGCUACUACGAAGAAGAAGAUUGACACUUCCAACUGGCGAAAGCAGGACAAACAUUGAGAACGAAAUGCUUAACUUCAUGAAAUCUAAUAGACCUACUGAUCAUGUUGGACUUCAAAAUGAUGGAAAGAUGGGACAUCAGGAUCUAAGUGUAUUUAGCUAUGCAUCUGUCUUGGCUGCCACUUCAAACUUCUCAGAAGAAAACAAGCUUGGACAAGGAGGCUUUGGACCUGUUUAUAAGGGAAAAUUGGCAACGGGACAAGAAAUCGCUGUGAAGAGGCUUCGAAAUGUUCAGGGCAAGGAACCUCAGAGUUCAAGAAUGAGUUGA